AUGAGCGUCCAGCAGGAUGAAAUGACUCUGUCAGAUGCACUCAACAAGACCAUCAUUGAUCUGACUGCCUCCCCUGUGUUUGGGGCCCCCGACAGCACGACCGUGACCAAGGCAGUAACAGGCCUUGAGCCGAGCAUUGUUACGCUCCUCGACAAGAUCAUCGACAAGAUCAUCGACAAGAAAACUUGUUCGGAUCCGCCGGUGCGACCAGCGUCGUCUUGUCGGACCUCGAAACCCUCCAGGGUCUGA